CUUAUACACACUUAUGCAUAUUUACCUGUACAUACACAUUAUAUAGCCACUGUUCAUACCUACAUACACAUGUUGUAUUAAAAAAUUACAAAAAUAAAUUAAUGUCAGUAAAACCAUUAACUACUGCAAAAUAGCCAGAAAAUGUUGGUUUUACUUAUAUAUAUAGGAACUAAUAUAAAACAAUGUAGACUGUCUUAUUAAAGUUAGUUUCAUCGAAAAUUUAUACUAAUUACGUUCGAAAAUGUCUCCAAGUACGGAAAAUUAUGAUAAUUGUUACUGUGUGCAAUUGCGUUAUACAUUUGGAAUCGUGUGUUUAAUUUUAACUUCAUAUUUUUAUAUUUAUAUUAAACGUAAACAAUUCAAAAAUAUCACAACGAAGAUACCAACAAUUUUUGGACUACCAUUUAUUGGGAUAGCAUAUAAGUUGGUACCUAUCAAAAGAUUUUUGUACAUAAUUAGUUCAUAUUUCGAAGAGUUCAAUACAUCAACAUAUUGCGCGUGGCUGGGCACUUAUCCAGUAAUUGUCACUAUAGACCCAGAUAUAAUCAAAACUGUUACAUCAUCAACGGAAUUUCUGAGCAAAGCGGAAGUAUUAUAUAAUCCCAUUAAUAAGGCUAUACCGAAGGGAAUAAUUACGAGCGAAGUUAGUACAUGGAAGCACAAUCGCAAAUUAAUUAAUGGUUAUUUCAAUCAUAAGUUACUGAUGAGCCUUUUUCCCCUUUUUAACCGAGGUGCGAAUACUAGCGUUAAACGGUUGAGUAAACUUUCAAAUGGUGGCGAACAUAAGCUAUUUGAUCUUAUUAAACGCGUUACUCUGGAGAUAGCCAUAGAAGCCACUAUGGGCGUUGACAUGAGAGAAGGUGCCAGUGAAAAUUAUGAGCUUAUCGAUUUAUUUACUAUUUUAAUGGAGAAAAUUGCCGAAGAUGCUGCGUGUUCUACAUUGGGUCUCGGUUUCUUAGCGCGCACGCCCGAUUAUUACAAGUCGCGCCGUUCUUUGCGAAAUUUUAUGAAUAAGUUAAUAGAAGAGCGUACGAACAACAAUAAUAUGUCUAAAGUUGAAGAAUGGCAGUAUGAUGAAGAAACCAUGAGCUCAUUUUUAGAUAUUUCACUAAAUUAUUUCGAUAAUGGAAAAUUUGCAAAGGAAGACGUUAUCAUAGAAUCUAUCAGCUUGAUUGGUGCGUCCUUCGAAACAGUUGCCACUGCAAUUUAUUCAGGCUUAGUAAUGUUGUCUAUGCAUUCGGAUGUUCAAGAGAAACUUUUUCAAGAAAUCCAUUCAAUAUGGUCAGAAAAUGACAUACAAGUUACUUACGAUCAUCUUAAAGAAGUUCCUUACCUAGAUAUGGUUGUUGCGGAAACGCUACGACUUAUGCCAUCAAUACCAAUAGUCGGACGUCAAACUAUACAUCAAACGAAAUUAACGUCAGAUUUAAUUUUGCCACCAAAAAUGCAAGUGAUAGUACCAAUAUUCACUUUACAUCGUGCGAAAACUUGGUGGGGACCAAAAGCACACCUCUUCAAUCCCGACAAUUUUCUGCCCGAAAACAUAGCCAAACGAAAUCCAUAUGUAUAUAUGCCGUUUUCAAAAGGCGCCCGCAACUGCAUUGGUUGGCGUUAUGCUGAGAUCGCAGUAAGGAUUAUGCUUAUAGUGCUUGUCCGGAACUUCAAAUUCUCCACAGCAUUCAAAUAUGAAGAUCUACAUUUCGUCGACCAUAUAAGUUUGUGGUAUGACGUUGAACCAAAUAUAAAAGUUGAAUUGAGAAAAUGAUGAAGCAUCAUGGAAAUUUAAAUUGCAGUAAUAAACUAAUACGAAAUUAUCCAUAAAAAUAUAUAUAUUUAUGUAAAUAUACAUUUUAAUACUCCUAUUGUAGUCGAAUUAAAUAAAAAGUGUAACCAGUCUAUGUAAGAUAACAAUUUACAAGUAUUUAUAAUUAUUAUUAAUAUUAUUUGUGAUUUUUUAAGUAUUGAAUAAAAAUUGAAAUCUAUAAUUCUUUAUGUAUGUUUCUUAAACAAAACCAGAAAAAUUUCCUUCAUAAAAAAGGUUUCUAUACAAGAACUUGAUUUUGAUCGUUCAGUUUGGUUUGCGAUAGUAAUCUACUUGAACAACUUACUCGGAAAUGGCAGCGUUGCUUUGGUCGAAAAUCAAUGCUAAAUUUUAUGUCAAAUAAAUAAGUUUUCAGAACAAAGACCUGAUUUUGGUUUCAGUUUGUAUGACAGCUAUAUGUUAUAGUAUUCCGUUAACUGCGGACGUGUGUAAAAGUUCAGAUCGAUAUCUCGAAUACAGACAGGGUGCCAUGUUUAAAUCGACUCCGGACGUCAUGCCACAAAUAUAUUUUAUACGGUCUCCGACGUUUGUUCUUGUUGUUGUAGCGGCAGAAAACCUUCCUGAAGUUAUCUUGAGGCAUGGUGCCGAGUAGACAGUACUUGGCCGGAUAAAAAUUCAGGUCCGUUCCGUUUUCUUAGACCCGACUGCAUUCGACGUUUCCUUUUGAGUGCCACGAACUUCGUGUCAUAAGUCAGUUAUAGAUCCUCCUCUAUUAGCAACAACAGCAAACAUAAAUAGCAAUCGAUUAUAAAAAAAAAAUAAAUUAUAAGUGAAUUCCACAUUAUUUCUCAAUUUUUAAAUUAUGGUUUACAAAC